AUGCGCCGACGCAGCACGGCGAAGCGGGAGCGGUGCAUUCGAAAAGGCCUAGCCGACCAGUGCGUGGAUGGCUAUCGCAAGAAAGCCAAGUACCUGCUGGAGGAGGACGAUAUCUCACCGACAGUCCAACAACCUACGCUGCACAUGGAGGCACCACCGUCUGGCCCCGAUAUGUUUGUAAACAAUCUUCACGAGAACAUGGCGAUUCCGGAAGCAAGCUCAUUUUCGCCAACCGUGUUUAAGCAAACGUCCAAGGACUUUGGUCGCAGCGAGCCUAGUGCUGCAUUUGCAUUUGAUCCCAAAACUGCAUUCGGUUUUGAUCCCACCUCACUGGAGUGCUCUAUCCUUACCUCCAUGCUCCAUGACGCAGACUCCAGUGCUUUGAGCGGCGAUUCUCCGGAUGUGGCACACAUACCAGCCAUGGAUCUCAUGGAGAAUUAUACCACGCUGCAGAGCUCUGCACCAGGCGGCUCGGCAGAUGACGGCACGAGUGUUCCGCCCGUCGCCAGUUGGAAAACGCAGUCACACAUGCAGCCCAUGUCGGACCGUCGAGACUCCACGGGCAGCUUUACCAAACAAGGGAUAUACAUGGGGUCGCUUGGCCAGCAAAUGAAGCAGAACAACCGAAACAGCCCAUCUUCUUUGGAUACCAAUGUCGUCUUUUCCCCCGAAGCACUUGUACAAGCGGGAAAGAGCACGGCACAGCGUGCCUGCGCAGACGAAACCAACCCCUCACAUGAGCAUUCCAGUACGACGAACAAUAUUAAUGAAAGUAUAUGGAAACAACGGGUGUCAAGGGUGUACAAUGACCGAGUGAAGCCAUUCCGAUACACGGAUGCGUACCAUAUCCUGCUCAAGUAUGUGAUGCUAAAGUACGAAAAAGCAGAUGUGUUGCGAAUUGUUCGCGCGUUAGCGAUUUUCCGGCCCUCUUUAAUUGCGUUGCAGAUGCCUCUGAGCGAGGAAGAUGAGGUGUUUGUGGAGCGAGCAUUUCAACGCACCAUUCUUGAAUUUGAGAAACUCAUCUCAUUUUCCGGAACACCCACGGUUGUAUGGCGCAGGACGUGCGAGAUAUCACUGGUUGGAUCUGAGUUCUGCAUGCUCACGCAAUGGUCGAAAGAAGAUUUAAUGGGCAAGUACAUUUACCAAUUUAUGGACAAGAGCUCGGUGCUAAAGUACUGGUAG